CACAAAGCUGAAGACUGAGCUACAAGGAGCAAAGUGUGCUGAUGACUGGGAGUACUUCGAUGGAGCAUGUUACCACUUCUCCACUGAUAAGAAGACCUGGACUGAGAGCAGAGAUGCCUGUGUGACUAUGGGAGGACAUCUGGUCAUCAUUACCAGUCAACAAGAAAUGGAUUUCCUGAAGGCCAAGGGAGAAGAUCACUGGAUUGGUUUAACUGAUGCUCAGGAAGAGGGCAAAUGGCGCUGGGUGGACAACACACCCCUCACAGACCCAAACUUUUGGGGACCACGCCAGCCAGAUAACUACAAGGGAUAUGAUCCAGAUGGAGAAAACUGUGUUAUGAUUACAAGAGGAGAGUGGAAUGACAGGUCGUGUGGUGUAUCAUUUAAAAGAAUCUGUGAGAAAAAAAUCUAGGGAAACACUUUAGUUUAGGGAACAAAUGUUAACCAUUCACACAUAACUAAUAUGCGUCUGUAUAAGUGCCAAAUUAAGUCUGCAUUAAGCAUCAUUUAUCAGGCUUGUGUUAGCCUUUUUAUUAUUCUCACUGAAUAUGUAAUAUAUUUUUAGUACAUCAUUAUUAACCAACUGUCACGACUUCGGGCAACCG